AUGGCAAAAGUCGCGGCUACACAAGGUUUGCAACCAAAGGCUAUUGAUGUAGGAGAAGCUGAUGACAAUGUUGAGAAGGAAUCCAGUGAAGGGGUCCGAUUGAAGAAGGAGUUGAGUUUGUUGAAUGGUGUAGCGAUAAUUGUUGGCGUUAUAGUGGGGUCCGGGAUCUUCGUAUCACCAAGCCUGGCACUGAAAUAUGCCGGCUCCAAAGGCAUGGCACUGAUUGUGUGGGUGCUAUCUGGAUUCCUUUCUAUGAUUGGUGCUUUGUGUUAUGCGGAACUUGGUACAAUGAUCCCGAAAUCUGGUGGAGAUUAUGCUUACAUAGGCGAAGCGUUUGGACCACUUCCUGCGUUUUUAUACCUUUGGGUGGCGCUGUUCAUCCUUGUCCCUACCGGGAACGCUAUCACGGCGCUCACUUUCGCCCAGAACAUCCUUCAGCCCCUUUGGCCAGCUUGCGAACCUCCUACGGAUGCCGUGAGCCUUAUAGCUGCAAUCGUCACAUGUUUCCUCACUGCUAUCAACUGCUACAAUGUGAAAUGGGUAACUAGAGUACAAGAUACGUUCACUGCCGCAAAAAUUUUGGCCCUCCUCGUCACUUUCUUCGCCAGCUUAUGGUAUUUAUUCUCUGGUCAUACAGAGAACCUUCAAAACAUGAUGGUUGGCACAAAUACUAGGCCCGGUGAUAUUGCUAUAGCGUUUUACACUGGGCUGUUCUCAUAUUCCGGCUGGAAUUAUCUUAAUUUCGUCACCGAAGAACUAAAAGAUCCAUACAGAAACUUACCGCGAGCCAUCUGCAUAUCGAUGCCAGUAGUAACUCUUGUUUACGCCCUCACUAACGUGGCGUACUUUGCGGUGCUUACGAACGCCGAGAUUCACGCAUCUGAAGCAGUCGCUGUCACCUUCAGUGAAAAGAUCCUUGGCGUAGUAUCAUGGAUCAUGCCUCUGUUUGUGGCCUUGUGCACUUUUGGUUCAUUAAAUGGAGCGAUCUAUGCGUCUUCACGUCUUUUCUUCGUCGGAGCCCGAAAUGGGCACCUGCCCAUGGCCAUAUCGUUAAUAGAUGUGAGGAGGCUAACACCCGUACCCUCGUUAAUAUUUAUGUGUCUUGUGACGCUCGUGCUGCUCAUGUUCAACAACGUGGAGUCGCUGAUCGUGUACGUGACUGCAGUUGAAGCACUCUUCACGCUGUGCUCCGUAUCCGGUCUCCUCUGGAUGCGAUAUACACGGCCGCAGCUAUCUCGUCCUAUACGAGUCAGCCUCCUCCUUCCUGUAGUUUUUCUAAUCGUCUGCACAUUCCUUGUAGUUUUCUCUUGUUUCACGCAUCCAAUCGAAGUCGGCAUCGGCAUCGCUUUCAUUGCCCUUGGCGUGCCGUUAUUUUGCAUUUUUAUUAUGUGGAAGAACAAACCGCAGUGGAUGGAAUCCGCCUGCAACGCCUUUAACAUAGCCUGCUCUAAGAUGUUCCUUUGCCUCCCAGAAGAUUCUAAAGAAUUAUGA